AUGAUGAUCCAACGCAACCAAGUGGUUUUUGCACCUAUUCGACCAUUGCGUUUCCUGAUUUGCCGCUCUCUACAUAGUAAUCGUCCACUCCAAAGCUUAUUUGGGGGUGGGUCACAUAAUGGUCGCGGCCCUUCCUCGUCAUCAACAUCGGGGCAAACUUCCUCCAUCUUCAGAUCUGACCCCAGCGACACCUCUUCUUUAUUCAAACCAUCCACUAAAUCCAAACCACCAGUAAAUCCUGCUGACAUUCUUAAACAAAACGACAUUUUGCUUUACCUGAGCAAGCCCUUGAACUAUAUCGAAAGCAUUAAGCUGAACGGGUUCCAUUUGGCCAACAAUUACCUUGUUACUUCGCCUGACUUACAAGGCAAUGUUGUUGGAUUGUGUCUAAUUGGGUCAGAGACAUUUGAAGUGAAUUUCCAGCAUGGUGAUAAAAGUUUGGUGAAAAUAGACGGACAUGUAGUGACAUUUGCAAAAGAGGUAUUUGAAAUCUUCAACAAAGUUCAUCCUAAACCGGAAUUGGUUGUUGUGGGACUAGGCAAGACAAGUCGUAUUUUGAGUCCGGAAAAUAGAAACUGGUUCAGUGAGCUAGGUAUACUGUUGGAAGUAAGUGAUUCCAAUAACUCGGGACAAAUAUUUGACUUAUUGAGCACAGAAAGACCAGGCAUCAUUGGUGCCUUACUACUACCUCCAAACGUAUAA